AUGUACCAUGGCGGCCAGUCACAUACGUGGGGACGCAGAACCCGGGCUUUUCCCCGCUCAUUCCCCGCUCUUUCCAUCACUCCGUCCGGCAGCGGCCGCUCUCCAUCCGUUGGGCGUAUCUCGCAACAAAAUUAUUGGCUGUCUUUGUCCCAUCCGGUGUUACCCGGCAGGAGUAAUGAACAUGACCAAUCGCUCCCUGCCGAUGAACGAUGGCCGUCCGCGACGUGCAUGUCAAUUCUGCACGAGACGCAAAAUUCGAUGCUCGAAAGAGAUACCAAAGUGUUUGGCGUGCAAAGUUUGCGGAAUUUGCCCGAAUCGCCAGAUUCACAGACCAACCAUGGCAACGGUGAGGUGACUCUGCCUACCGCGCCUGAUGUUGUUUGGCCUCCAUCAUUUUUGCCGAAAGCAAAUCUCCAUGGUGCUGCUAUCCGGUUUAUGGACCGCAGCCUCUUCCUUCGCAGCCAGGCACAGACCGGCAGUAUAACCUUUCCCGAACCCGACGCAAUUCCUACCCACGUGAGGCCGUUUCUAAGCAACAGAGACACAAUGCGUCAGAUAACAAGUUCGUUCUAUCGAGUUGCAAAUCGAUGGCUGCCGAUCAUCUCCAAGAGAAAAAUAUUUGACCGGCUGCUGAACCCCCUGCUACCCCUCCGUGCUGAUGCUGUGUUUCUCCUCCUAUGUAUGAAAACAAUCAUAACCCAGCCCCUCUUGGAACCCCAUUCUUGGCCGAGUGAGUACCAUGCAGCUGUACGAUACCGUACUGAUCUUGAACUUGCCGGGUUGGCAUCGCUGGAAAUUCUACAGGGCUGUAUCCUGCUUGCAGCUUACGAACAGGGCAAUGCCAUUUAUCCGGCCGCGCACACUUCCAUAGGAAUAUGCCUUCAGCAUGCCUCAGCUUUGGGAAUGGGCUGGACAUAUUCGAUAGCUUCUCACAUCGAUGCUGAAGAGUGGAAUAGAAGCUGGUGGGCCAUAUUUCUGCUUGAGCGAGUACUUGGUCUUGGCGACCCUCACCAAUUGUUCGUGAUGCCAGAGCCGAAACUAGAUGCACAACUGCCGUGGCCAGAUCAGGACUGGGAAAAUUACACAGUUCCCAGCACAUCAUCCACACUCUCGUCUCCGCCGGUUGUCGUGGGCCGCUUUGCAAGUAUUUUACAAGCCAGCUUUGUGUUAAGCCGCGUCUUUGACUACCUGUCAGAUGCGCUCACCGAGGGCCAAGCCCGACUUGAUGAAGUAGAGCAGUUCGAAAGGACGCUGCAGGCAUUAAUGAGUUAUGCUCGCCCAGCUCCUGGAGCAGAUGCCAGGUCUGUAUGCUAUCAAAAGGCUGUUGGCUACGCUGCUAUAAUAGCUUUGCACGUCCCACAUCUUCAACUCGACCAUGAAUGUCCGCUCUACCAGCAAGCAUGCAUUGCCUUGGACGAUGCCGUGCACAGUGCCUCUGAGGCGGCAGAGCUAUAUCUCUCUAAAGUUGCAGUCGAGUCUGAACCAGGAGAUACAUCCCCAUUUAUAGUACCUUGGCUCUAUAUGGCCGGAACAAGAGCUAUUCGCUCUGGAUUAAACGAUGACCUUGGAGUGAUAGAGAAGGCCCUGACUAAGCUUAACUCUAGAUGGAAGGCUGCAGGUUUGUGA